AUGAAUAACACGCCUGGCACCGAAAAUGAAGAAAGGAACGCAAGGGACACGGGAUCCCAUGCAAAGAGGAAUGCUCAUGGGGACAGCGAGCACAACGGGUAUAACGGGCACAACGGGUAUAACGGGCACAACGCGUACAACGAGUACAACGAGUGCAGCGAGUACAGCGAUUCGUUUGUUGAGCAUCUGUUCAAUGUGAGUAGGAAAGGCCCUAGAGGAAGGAGGAGGAGGGGCAAGCUGUGUGAACAGAACCCCCAGUUUGAAAAUGAGCAAGGGGACGGUAACUAUAACUGUAAAUGGUACGAUGCGGAGGGAGCACCCGGUGGGGGAAGCAGACCCCACGUCAUAGGAAGUGAGCAGGAGCGUGACCCCGCACAGGAAGACGAGGAAGUGAUGAAGUACUACUCAGUAGUGAAGAGCAACAAAAUGAACGAUAGCAUUUUGCAUAACCAAAUUGAUCACCUGCUAUACUUUAAUAACAAAAUGGAGAGUUAUGAGGAAAAACAGAAGAAGUUGUUCCUGGGUUCGGCCAACGAUGAGGAAAUCGAUCCGUCUCUGUACAUCGAGGGGCAGGGCAAAGACGAGAAGGAUGAAGGCGAUGGUGAUGGUGGUGGCGAUGGUGGUGGCGAUGGUGAUGGUGGUGGCGAUGGUGGUGGCGAUGGUGGUGGCGAUGGUGAUGGCGAUGGUGAUGGUGAUGGCUACGCUGAUGGCUACGCUGAUGGCUACGCUGAUGGCUGCGCUGAUGGCUGCGCUGAUGGCUGCGCUGAUGGCUAUGGCGAUUCCCAUGGCACGGCUUGGUUUUCCCAAUUUGUAGAUGACCUAAGUAGGGUGAAAAAAUACCGGCUGACAGAGCGAGCAAAUGGCCCCCCCCCAAGCAGUGACAAAAAAGGGACGAGUCAACCUGAUGAAGUAAGUUCCAGUGUGCGCAGUGACGACUUGGCUGGAAGUAAAAUAGCUCACUCUCUUAACAGCACACACAUCACCUUCACUGAAAAGAGACUGCUAAAUAUUUGCAACAUAAAUUUGAACAAUAUCUUAUAUUGUUACCUUUGCUGCAAUGAGGAGUAUACCUUACUGUGCCUGGAGAGGGGAGAGAAAGCUGUGUAUACGUAUGACUCGUAUUCCUUUGAGAGACUCGAGGGGGAAAGCGAUGUCUCCAGCAAUUUCCCCUCGGAGGAGGGUAGCUCCAGGUCGAGUUCCAUAAGUGACGAAGAGUUGCUGCUGCUUCGGUAUGAUAAUGCGGAGGGGGGUGGCUACUCUGAGGAAUGCGCGGAGGAGGCAGGCUGCUAUGAUGAGGAGGAGGCAGGCUGCCAUGACGAUGAGGAGGCAGGCUGCUAUGACGAUGAGGAGGCAGGCUGCUAUAACGAUGAGGAGGCAGGCUGCUAUAACGAUGAGGAGGCAGGCUUCUAUAGGGAUGACCGCAUUGGUAAGCACGUGAACGACCCCUUGCGAAGAAGACCCCUGCGCAGGAAAAAAACGCGCAAGAGGAAGAAAAAAAGGAACACAAAGCGGAGCAGGCACGGAGGGAAGGGAACCUCCUCCACCCCGUCCUCCGCUGAACCAACAAAAAUGAACAAAGAAGUAGAAUCGUUAAUGAACAAGGCGAACAGUUGCUACAUUAGCCAAAAUUUUGAAGAAUGCAUAACCAUCCUGGAGAAGGUGAUUAAGCUAGCACCCAGCCUACAUGACCCCUUUCAUCUCCUAGGCUUGAUACACGAGAGGGAAUACAAAAGUGUGAAGAAGGCUAUUAAUUAUUAUUUAAUUGCAGCGCAUCUCUCGAGGAAUGACUACCUCUCAUGGUACAACAUCGUUGAGUUGUGUAAGAUAGAUAAACAAUACAACCUCAUUUUGUACUGCCUCUUUAAAGUGCUACGAAUAUAUAAGAAAAAGGUUGCUAAGAGGGAGAAGAAACGGAUGAGAGGGUCCAUCCACGGCGAUGUCGAUUAUAAAGGGAGUCCCCACCGUUCUAAUGCAGACCAUCCUAAUGCAGACCAUCCUAAUGCAGACCAUCCUAAUGCAGACCAUCCUAAUGCAGACCAUCCUAAUGCAGACCAUCCUAAUGCAGACCAUCGGGACACCAUCCCAAAGGAGGAGAACCCCAUUUAUGGUGACCAACUCGGAUCAUCGAAGGAAAACGAACACACAAAGAUGGGAAAAGAACAAAUAAACGACCUAGACCAUUUUUCGAAGCACCUAUAUUUUAACAUAGCCUUUACGUAUCUUUUACUGGAGGACUACAAGAACGCGUUGAAGUGGCUGUUGCUCCUACGGAACACCUACGCAGGGGAAGUCGACACCAUGGUGGACCUGUACGUGUGUGUCUGUCUGAUGGUGAUGAGAAACCCAAAGGACAGCUACCACUUCUUAAAGCAUAUGUUUCUACGGGUGGUGAGGGGGGGAGGAGCAGCAGCAGGAGGAGGAGCGGCCGGGCGUCCCCUCCGCUGCUCCUACGGCCGCUCCGGCAUCUGGUCGUACAAAGAAAAGUCCAUCAUGUGCUUUUUCAUGCAGAGUCAGAUCCUAAACGGAAAGUACGACGAGUGCAUUUUUGUGUACACGAUGGUGACCAGGAUGAGCAGCGAGCAAGUCCAUCUCGACAUUUUCGCCCAAUUUGUGAAGUCCUUCUUGAUGGUCGGCAAUGUAGAUUAUAGCUACCUGACUAAGUGUUACUUUUUGCAAGUCAUUUUGGGAAACUACGUCCUGUUCGAGGAUCUCAUUUUCCACCUCGCUGAGGCAUACUACUCGCGGGGCAUGUUCGAGAGCGCCAUUUAUUUUUACCGACUCGUCUACGCCCGCAGGAAGGGCGUCCUGCGAGGGGGAGGCGGCGUGGGCGGUGUGAGCGGUGCGAGCGGUGUGAGAUGUGUGAGCGGUGUGGGCGAAGCGGCUAGGAGCUACUCUAGCGCCAAUGCAAAUAAUACCCCCUCCCUGUGCGGCACCGGUAGUGAUACACUCGUGGGAUACGACAACGGAGUGCAUUUCCUCACCACAGUAUACAAGCUAGUCAAAUGCUACUACUACCUGCAUAACUUCAACAAGGCAGAAAAAAUAAUCGUCAAUAUAUUAAACAACGAACACUUAGAAAAAAACAACAUCGAAAUAGAUAUUAAAACACUUUAUAUCGAUAUACUCCACAAAACGAAGAGGCAUAACAAAGCGAUAAGUAUUCUCCUAAGCAUUAAGCAGAAGAAACUCCGAUUUAUGUGUUCCAUUCCCAACCCUCUAGGCAAUAAAGAGAGAGAAGUACUUCUAUUAAAAAUUUUGAAUCGAAAAAAUAAACUACUGCUCUACUUGUCUCACAAUAGUUACAUUAUCCACAUGUUCUAUUUAUAUCAAAAGAAGGACAGCGUUUUCUACAAGUAUGAUAAUUUUUUGUCCAACCAGGAUGUGAACGAUAUCAUUAAACUUAGGGAAAAUAUUUGCUUCUGCUACUUCUGUGUUAAGUAUAACUUCAGCAUCUUGGGGGAAUACGUGGUGUUCCUCGCCACCUCCUUUCACAUUUUCAAAAAUGGGAAGAAGCCCGAGAAUCUGGAAAUUGUGCAUAAAGAUUUGAAGAUGGUCGGCACGAGGCUGUACUACAAGGGUGUGCUGGUCUUCGACGUGCAACGGUUCCGCAGACACGUUCAGCGACUCGCGCAGGGAGUCGAGUCGGAAAUAUUUAACAGCAAAAUAAUGGUAAAAUUCUACAAGUUCAGCUACAGCUUCUUUUACUUCCUCUACGAGAUAGAGCAAGACUUCAAGCGAAUACACACCGCCAUGGAGAAGGACAUUAUAAACAUGAAAGGAAAGGGAAAAGACGUGAAGGUGGGGGAAGGGGAGACAGAGUCGGGGGGGUGGCGGUCUCUGUUCGUGCCUCCGGGGCAUAGUAACGUGUGCGGCGAGGGAGGUGAGUUGUCCGGUUGCUCCCCCACCAAGAAAGUUGUGUCUCUCCGCCAAGUGGCAGAUCCCCCCCAGGAAAGUCCCCCAAGGGGGGCGGCGCAACCAGUGGAGCACCCAAAGCGGAGCAAGCGGUUCUCCUUCCUCGUGACGAAGAAAAAAAUGAAUUUUUUUACGUUCGAAAAUUACCUGGGCCUUUAUUUCAGCCUACUGUUCCUAGAGGAGUGCUUCUUCAUCGUGACGACGAUGAACAUGUACGAGGACGCUAUACAUAUCCUGAGCAUAUAUCUAAAAAACAGAAAAUCCAGCAAAAUGAAGUUCCUCACAUAUAUGAAGUCAGUCAAGAAAGAGUUCCAACAACAUAGAAUUAGUAACCCUUUUGUUAAUAUAAAAAUUUAUUUUUUCAACAAUGCCUACUCCAAUAUGAUCAAGGAGGAAAUGAGAAGUGAGUACAGUAAUUUCUGUAAAAUGAAUGAGCAUGUAGAUUGCAAGUAUUUCCUCUUUCGUAUCAACCUGCUUUUGAACAGACUAUACAUAUCAAGUGGGAAUUUCGAAAAGCAAGUAAAAUGCCUGAACGAUGUGUAUAUUUUUAAGAGAAAGGAAAAGGAUGAAUAUAAGGUAUUAAAGUAUUACAGUGAUAUUGUCUUAACGGGUACCUUCUGUCAGAAUUACUUAUCAUCCAUUUCCAAGUCUAGGUACAAAAAUAUUUUAAUUACAUUUCGACUGUUCCUAGUUAGGACUUUACAUUGUAAGAAUAGCAACCCUUUUUUGAUUUACCUUAUUGGAAAUGUGUGCAACCUGUCAUGUAUGAUUGUGAACUCCGUUCAUGAGUACACUCGCGCGUAUGCCUUUUUGCUCAAGGGAAGGAAGGCCAAUCGGCAGCGUUUGCUGCAGUGGAAGCGCGGCUUGAAGGAGGUGAAGGGGGUGAAGGGGGGAGCGACACAGAGGGGGGGACAGGAGGACCAGGUGACUGACUCGCAGGAGAAUUCUCAGUCAGACGGCCAAUCGGACGGACAAGCUAGUGACCAGCCCGGCCAGCCCGGCCAACCCCCUCACUCCGCCGACAACACCGAUGACAACACCGAUGACUCCGCGGAGGAGGAGCUGGAGGAGGAGCAUUUCCUGUUCAGCAAGCUGAAGCUGUGCUCAGAGCGGAGGAGGAAGAACCAAAUGGAGGACGAAUUUGAAACGGUGGCGGACGACCUGAACUUUUUGUUCAGCCUCAUGACGUCGUACUUCAACUACGGAAGUGGCUACCGAGUGCAAAACAGAGAGUCUGUCAUGAUGACCUCCUUCUGCCUCCUGAACGAUUAUAUCACCAAGAGAUAUCAGAAGAAGGUCCUUGACAAAAAAAAAAAGUAUCAAAGAUAUUCUCUGUUCUACAAGCCAUACAAAUAUAUUUACAUCGCAGAAAUUCUGUAUAACUUAGGGAGGGCACUGCAUCAGUUGUCAUACUUCUCCGAGUGCAUGAAACUGUACCUAAGUGUCAUCCGGUUAGUACGUCUGGCAGACAAAGAAAUGGAAAAAAUUUGCUCCUCCAACAAGUUAAACCUUAACAGGAAAUUUAUUUUGGAACAUGUGAUCAACAUGAAUCGCUGCAUGUGCUACACAUGUCUCUACUUUGGCCACAAGGGACAAGCCACUCCCCUAAAAAACCUCGCGAAUUAUUUCAACAAUUUAAACAGUAAGUAUUCAAACCUGUAUCUCCUUUUCUUCGACAAGCGACACCUCCUGUUCUCAGCCUCCUACAACUUGGCUGUCAUUUUUAAGAAGCUCAACAGGUUCGAGCAGGCCAAGUACUUCCUCAGGAACAUUGUAUGGGACUGA